CCCUCCCAUCUCAUAUUCUCUUAUAUAUAUACUCUUUAUGCUCUCAUUUACCCUCAUCGCUUCCCCGAAGAGAGAGAGGGUGACUCAAUUCGCUUCUCGUUGGCCGCCACUCUUUUCUCUUUCAGGUUCGCUUCGUAUCUCCUCUCUUCCUAGCCUCAGAUUUGUGCUUCUUCAAGGAAAUACUUGGUGAUUUCUGAAAAGUAGUCAAGAUGGUGAAGUUCACAGCAGAAGAGCUUCGUAAGAUUAUGGACCGUAAACACAACAUCCGUAAUAUGUCUGUUAUUGCACAUGUCGAUCAUGGAAAGUCAACUCUUACUGAUUCUCUUGUGGCUGCUGCUGGUAUCAUCGCCCAAGAAGUUGCUGGGGAUGUACGUAUGACAGACACCCGCGCGGAUGAGGCUGAACGCGGUAUCACAAUUAAGUCAACUGGUAUUUCUCUCUACUAUGAGAUGUCUGAGGAAGAGCUAAAAGCAUACAAGGGAGAAAGAAAUGGAAACGAGUACCUUAUCAACCUCAUUGAUUCUCCUGGGCAUGUCGACUUUUCAUCUGAGGUCACUGCUGCUCUACGUAUUACUGAUGGUGCCCUUGUUGUGGUUGACUGCAUUGAGGGUGUCUGUGUCCAAACUGAAACUGUUCUCCGACAAGCCUUGGGAGAAAGGAUUAGGCCUGUCUUGACUGUUAACAAGAUGGACAGAUGUUUCCUUGAGCUCCAAGUUGAUGGGGAAGAGGCUUACCAAACAUUCCAGAGGGUGAUUGAGAAUGCUAAUGUCAUUAUGGCCACAUAUGAAGACCCUCUCCUUGGCGAUGUUUCAGGUUUAUUCCGAAAAAAGCACAGUUCCUACUCAGGUCUUUUACAACUGUUACCUAUUCCUCUCAGUUCUUUAACAAGCAUAUCUGAUAGUUGA